AGGAUCAUGCUGCCAGAAAUCCGAUCGCUCCACUCUUUAGGCAGAUAUUUGCCGCAACUGGGCCGAUCAUAACCAGCGCAGCCGGCGGAAUGACCGUCGGAUUCUCGGCGAUCCUGCUACCCCAGCUCCAGAAGCCAGACAGUCCCAUCCAGAUCGACAGCGAACAGUCUUCGUGGAUCGCCUCGAUGGCACCACUGCUGAUGGCAGCCAGCUGCCUCGUGGGAGGACUGCUGAUGGAAAGGUUUGGCCGCAAGCUGACUCAACUGGUGCUGAACGUAACGUUUGCCGCGGGAUUCUGCCUGCUGUCGAUGGCGUCAUCCUACGAGAUGAUUCUGGCGGGAAGGUUUAUGACUGGUUUCGCCAGCGGCCUCGUUGGGCAACUGACGUCUGUGUAUAUUGCGGAAACGUCCGAUCCCAAGUAUCGAGGAAACUUGUCGGCUGGAUUCUCGUUUGCUGUUUCGUUUGGAGUUUUGAUAUCUCAUCUGUUUGGGACAUUUCUGCACUGGAAAAUCGCUGCCUUGUGCUGUUCGUUCUUUAUGGUGGUCAGUUACGUGUUUGUAGUGUUCAGUCCAGAGAGUCCGCCGUGGUUACUAUCAAAAGGUCGAUCAAGUGAAGCCGAAGAAGCUUUCUGUUGGCUCAGGGGAGAUGAUUCAGAAGCUAUAAAAGAAUUUAACGACAUGGUUUCCAAGUACACUAACGGAGAUUCACUGAAAACCAAACCAACAUUGCUUCAAAACCUGUCUACACCGGAAUUUUACCGACCACUCACGAUACUGUUGAUAUUCUUCUUCGUGUCACAAUUCGCCGGAGUUCACAUUGUAUCGUUCUACUCGGUAUCCAUCAUACACAGCAUCCUCGGAUCAAAUAUGAACGAAUACCUGGCGAUGAUCAUCGUGGACAUCGUAAGAGUUAUAGCUUCGUUGAUUCCCUGUGUCCUGCUAAAGGUUACCAGAAGACGACCCCUAGCGAUGUGGAGCGGCUGUGGAACUACCAUAAGCCUAGCUGGACUCUCCAUCUUCCUGCACUUCCGUAUCCCGCAACAACUAACCUGGAUCUCAAAAGUCUUCCUUCUAAGCUACAUCGUCUUCAUCAACAUCGGUCUGUUCCCCCUUCCGUGGUGCAUGGCCGGUGAAACUUUCCCGCAGGUCACGCGCGAGAUUGGAUCCGCAAUGACGACUUCCUUCAAUUUUCUGUCCUUUUUCGUGGUGAUCAAGACCGGUCCGCUGCUGUUCGACAGCGUUGGCACCGAUGGAGCAUUUAUGAUUUACGGAGGCAUUUCUUUGGUUGGUACGCUGGUUCUGUACGCGAUCUUGCCGGAAACGAAGGAUCGCACGCUGCAAGAGAUCGAGGAAGCUUUCAAGCUGAGGUGGCGAACUGUGGAAGAAGACAGUGCUUCGGGGCAGCAGGUUAAGGCGUAA